GCGAAUGCGCGCGGGCUGCCGGCGGUUGGCGGUUGUGAGGAGCCGCUGCGGGCGGCCGGCGGUGAGGGGAGUUUGCUGAGUUUGUGCGGAUCUGUGGCGGGGCGGCGGCGGCAGCAGCAGCAGCAUGUGCAGGCUCUGUGCCCGAGAAAGAGGGAGAGAGACGGGAGGAAGACACAGCGACGCACCCCUCGCCACCGUUGACCUCGGCGGUGUCGGCAGCCUGUGCCAGAGCAGCGGGACUCCGCCACGCACUGUCCGGGCAGCGACCGACCGGCACUGCCGCUUCUGCCGUGCACUGUAGUCACCAAGUCUGUGGUGUGCGGGAGGAGGGGGUGUUUGGAAGGAGUGGUAGCGGCAUCCCGGUGCGGGGAGAACGCGAGGAGAGCUCCGGACCCGGGGAUGGGAAACUUCACCCGGAUAAAGUCAGCGGCAAAGGCACCAAACUCUUGUUAGGGUCGCAAAGGACACAUGACAUAGGAUGAACACUGCUCAUCGCCUGAUAUUAUCUGUGUUGUUGUUCCUUGUUCUACUCACAUUGGGGUUUGAUGUCAGUGAAAACGUAUGUUCCACAUUGAUAUCUGGAAUUCUGUACAGAUCAUUCUCCCUUCAAGACACAUUCCCUAAAGCCUUUUCUGGUUGUUCCUGGACUGUUGAAAACCCAGAUCCAACAAAGUAUUCAAUUUACUUAAAAUUUCACAAAGAGAAACAAAUUUGCUCCCGUAUCUCUCUGAUGGUACUUCAGUUGGAUCACUACAUUCCGAAUCAGACUUGCAGCACAUUGGAUUAUAUCGAUUAUGAUGCUAUUAACUUGUGUGAAACAAGGAAUUUGUUUACAUUUUUACAGUUUGAUAAAGAUUUUGUACAAUUUUGUCUGACUUCUGAAUCAGUUUUGAAUGAACACCAAGGAAAAAAUGCAAUGGAAUUUCAAUUAUUGGAGAUUAUUUUACUGAAUAAUGAGAAUUCCAGCCAGUUUGGCUGUGGAGUAUUAUGUCAUUGGCUUGAGAACUGUUUGAGCAACAGAAAUCAUCAUGAACCAUGUGGAAUUAAUUACUCAGGUUGUGGAUGUCCCGAGAUGCAUGAAAAUGAGUCAGAUUCAACCACGGUACUACCUUUUCUCAAGAAUGAGUUUGUAUCAUCAAAAUUACUUUCCAGCAAUGUAAAUGAGUUGAAUGUUAAAAAUGCUGCAGCAAAAGUUGGAAGUGAAAUUAAGAAACAACGGAAAAUUAGAAGGCAGCAUCCAAGAUCAGCAGAUGACUCUGGAACAUUUAUGGCACAAAUUGGUGAUCCUGCUGCUGAAGAGUGGUCUCAGUGGAGUGUGUGCUCACUGACAUGUGGCAUGGGAUGGCAGGUGCGAACGAGAUCUUGUGUAGCCUCCCCAUAUGGGACUCUGUGCAGCGGUCCGCUAAGGGAAACUCGAGUUUGCAAUAAUACAGCCACAUGUCCAGUACAUGGUCUGUGGGAGGAAUGGUCGCCAUGGAGUUUGUGCUCAGUUACCUGUGGGAGAGGAUCAAGAACCAGAUCGCGGAUGUGCGUUGCUCCACAACAUGGAGGGAAAGCGUGUCAGGGCCCAGAGCUGCAAACCAAGCUCUGCAACAUUGCACUUUGCCCUGUUGAAGGACAGUGGAUGGAGUGGGGACCAUGGAACAGGUGCUCAGUGACAUGUUCAAAUGGAACACAGCAGAGAACUCGCAAAUGCAUUUCGACCCACGGUUGGACAGCAUGUAAAGGUCACCAGGCUGAGGCCCGGGACUGCUUCAAUCAGCAAUGCUCAACUGAUGGCAAAUGGGGUCCAUGGAACCACUGGAGUUUGUGUUCCAAGACAUGUGACAGUGGUUGGCAACGACGCUUCCGGAUGUGCAAAGGGACAAGUGUCAAAGGUUACCCAUGUGAAGGAUCAGGGGAAGAAGUCAGGACAUGCAAUGAGAAAAGAUGCCCAGCUCCCCAUGAGAUGUGUAGAGAUGACUACAUCAUGACAAUGACCUGGAAAAGGACUGCAGCUGGGGAACUUGUUUACAACAAAUGCCCUCCCAAUGCAACAGGCUCAGCCAGCCGCAGAUGUUUAUUAAAUUCUCGUGGAAUUGCAUUUUGGGGCCCACCAAGUUUUGCUAGAUGUGUGUCGCAUGAUUACAGGCAUCUACAUGUAUCGAUCCGAGAGCACCUGGCUAAAGGACAACGGACUCUGGCAGGAAAGGGCAUGUCAGAGGUCAUAAGGACUAUGCUGGGCUUAAUGGAGAGAAAGAACUUCUACAGUGGAGAUCUCUUGUUCUCUGCAGACAUAUUGCGGAAUGUGACUGAUACAUUCAAGAGAGCCAGCUAUAUUCCAGCUUCUGAAGAUGUGCAAAAGUUCUUUCAGAUUGUCAGCUACAUGCUCGAAGUAGAAAACAGAGCAAAAUGGAAUGAUGCACUGCAGGUUGCACCUGGCUCAAUCCACUUAAUGCGGGUUGUUGAAGAUUUCAUCCAUAUUGUGGGUCAUGGGCUGAAGGUGUUUCAGAGUGCCCUCAUAGUGACGGAUAAUCUUGUCACCAGUAUUCAGCGAGAACCUGUAUCUGCUGUAUCAAGUGAUAUCAGUUUCCCGAUGAAAGGAAGGAGAGGAAUGAAAGAUUGGGCCAGAAACUCAGAAGACAAACUUUAUAUUCCAAAAGAGGUUUUCACAAGUCCUUCUUCAGAAACUGAUGAUUCAGCCUACUACGUCAUUGGAACUGUGCUGUACCGAACACUGGGUCUCGUUUUACCUGUUGCAAAAAAGUCAAUGGCAAUAAAUUCUAAAAUACUGGCAGUAACAGUCAGACCGCAGCCCAAAGCCUCAGAACCAAUUGUUGUUGUAGAGCUGUCUCAUCUUAUUAAUGGAACAUCUGACCCACACUGUGUUGUUUGGGACGAUUCCAAAACGGAUGCUGGUCCUGGCAGCUGGGACCCUCAGGGCUGUGAAACAGUGCAUACACAAGCAUCACACACUAAAUGUCUCUGUAAUCAACUGGCUACUUUCGCCAUUUUAGCCCAGCAACCGAGGGAUUCGAGCAUGGAUUUUACUGGAGUGCCAUCAGUGCCAUUGAUGAUUGGGUGUGGAAUUGCCUGUAUGGCCCUUUUAACCUUGCUUGCUGUGUAUGCUGCCUUUUGGAGAUUCAUAAAAUCAGAGCGAUCCAUUAUACUGCUCAACUUUUGCCUAUCUAUAAUGGCAUCAAACAUCCUGAUCUUGGUUGGUCAAACACAGAUACACAGCAAGGGUGUGUGUAUGAUGACAGCAGCGUUCCUGCAUUUCUUUUUCCUCUCUUCAUUCUGUUGGGUAUUAACAGAAGCCUGGCAGUCCUAUCUCGCUGUAUUAGGUAAAAUUAGGACGAGGCUGAUAAGGAAACGCUUUCUCUGCCUUGGCUGGGGAUUACCAGCACUGAUUGUGGCCAUUUCAGUGGGCUUUACCAAAGCAAAAGGAUAUGGAACAGCAAAUUACUGCUGGCUGUCCUUGGAAGGAGGCCUCCUUUAUGCUUUUGUCGGACCUGCUGCAAUCAUUGUAUUGGUAAACAUGCUGAUCGGAAUUAUAGUAUUCAACAAACUCAUGUCCCGGGAUGGAAUAUCAGAUAAGUCCAAAAAGCAGCGAGCAGGUCAGGCGAGUGAAGUCCGUAGCGGUUUGAUGCUCAAAUGUUCCAAGUGUGGAGUUGUUUCAACUACAGCAUUAUCUGCCACCAUCACCAGUAAUGCCAUGGCAUCCUUGUGGAGCUCCUGUGUUGUUCUCCCAUUGCUGGCAUUGACCUGGAUGUCAGCUGUUCUAGCGAUGACUGAUCGACGAUCGAUUUUGUUUCAAAUAUUGUUUGCAGUUUUUGACUCCAUUCAAGGCUUUGUUAUUAUCACAGUCCACUGCUUCCUAAGGAGAGAGAUCCAGGAUGUUGUAAAAUGUCGAACGGGAAGCUGUAAAAAUGAAGAAAAUGAAAAUUCACCAGAUUCUUACAAAAAUGGUCAAGUCCAGAUAAUGACAGAUUUUGAAAAGGACGUGGACCUGGCAUGCCAGUCUGUGCUCUUCAAAGAGGGUAACACAUGCAAUCCAGCGACCAUCACAGGAACACUCUCUCGCAUUUCGUUGGAUGAUGAAGAAGAUGAAAAGAUGAAUAUAAACAGUGAAGGAAUGAACUUCUCCACCCUGCCAGGAAACAUCCCGCCUGGAAAUGUCUUGGUCCAGUUGCCUCCAAUGCAACAGUUGCAUGAUGUGAUGUCUGGUAUGGGUGAACUGAAUGAACAACCACCUAAAAAAGAAAACAACAGUGAGCUCAGAGGAACACUGUAUCUGUGCACAGAGAACACCCUGAGGCCAGUGGACCUUAAGUGGAGGCGAGCUCAGGAGCAGCCACUGGAGGGAGACUACAUGGUACUCCCCAGACGCACCGUCAGCUUAAAGCCUUUCAUCAAAGAGGACAGCAAGUUGAACGUCAACAUGGAUGACAACACGCACAAUAUUGCUGGGAACCAACCGGUCGAGUCAAAGAUUUAUCCCAACUUUGCCUCAGUUGAUCAGAUCAAUUAUAACUUAAAUCAACCUUAUGGAACUCUUAAUUAUCCACGGAGUGCUGCCCUCAGACACCACCCUUCAGUGAGGCACAUUCUGGCAUCUGAACUUGCUGACAGGAGCAGGACCAUGCCACGCAUUAAGCCAAGUUCAUCAGGGUCCAUGGGCUCCUUAGAAAGGAAAAGACUGAGGUAUUCUGACCUUGAUGUUGAGAAAGUCAUGCACACAAGGAAACGUCACUCAGAACUCUAUAAUGAACUAAACCAGAAGUUCCACACCUUGGACAGGUGCCGAGAACCCGAACUCUCAGGAUUUAAGCGGGAGAAACGAUGGAGCAUUUCUUCAGCAGGAGCUGAAAAGAGCACGGCAACCGAGAAAACCACCCCUGUGGAGAAAUCUUGGGACAACUUCAAGACUACACCACCCAGCACACUUCAUUCAGACACCCAGGAAAAUUUAGAAUUACAUUCACCAGACUGGGAGACAUCUGCCACAAUCUCUCUGGAUACAGAAGGAGACUUUCAAACUGAAGUUUAAUGUGGAUUCAGAGGUAAACAAAAAAAAAUGCUACAAAACAGAAACAACAGACUUGGAAAAUAUAUUUUCACACUGAUGCUUUGGAAAGGAUUCAUUUUGUGUUGAGUUCCUGAAUAUCUUUGAAUUGAUGUGAACAGUCAUCAUCUAUCAGUCAGGAAAGUGGAAUUCUCCUGCACUCUGUUCUUAUGUUCAACGUUCUCACUGCGACUGGUGGGUGAGAAUGCAAGACAUGAAUCUGUGAAACUAUGUCCAGGUCUACAUACUCAAGACUCUGUUCCUUUUGAUGUAUGAGUGUACAACCCAAGACUGAAGCUAAAAGGAUUCAGACACCUAAAAACUAGUUGGCAAAAAAAAAAUCUAAAGUUAAAUUAAUUUUUAUUUGAGAUUGACCAUUUUUGUCUCCCUAUUUUAUGUAGAGAAAGACAAUCAUGAAACAAUUAUGUCUACUUUUAUACCUGAUUUGUAAGUCGCAGCUUUUCAGUAACUUUCCUCUUUGCCAUGGGCUGUGACUUACGAACUGGAUUUUUGCAAUGGCUGCUCUUCCUGGCAGCUUUUCUUCUGUCUCCUCUCCACACCCAGUGUCUGUCUGUGACCACAAUACUAUUCUUGCAUCCAGCUUCCUUGAAAAUGGGCCUAUGAGGUAAUUCUGUGAACCUCUGACUCAAUGAAGUCUCAAUAGACACAAGCAGAGGGUACAAAAAAAGGAUAUUGACACCAUUGUCCCAUUGUUUAAAUCAGAUUCACAUUUACUUAGGUCUUUCAUGACAGAACAGAGUUUCUCAACUUUAACCUCUACAAGUUUGCAUUGGAGACAUAAAUUGUAGAUACGGAAAUAAGAAGAAACCAUUUAGGAAGUAUUAACCUGGUCUGUCACACAGCAAUCACUGAGCAGUGAAUGGGAACAAGAAUCAAGGUAUGGCAGUCAUAAAAUCUCCCUCAAGCUGAUAAUGUGGGGUGUUGUCCUGAUUUCACACUCUGCCACUGAAGGCAAUGGGAACUGUUAACUGGAGGGCUGUAAAAGCAGAAUUAUACUCAAUACCUGAGGUUCCUUGCCUGGUCACUUCGGUUAAAAUGACUCCCAGUGAAGGUGUGCUUCUCAGGAACAGGAAAUGCUGGACAUACUCAAUAGGUCAGGUGGCAUCAACCUGAAAUAUUAUCUCUCUUUCUCUCUCCACAAAUGCUGUCUGACCUGCUGAGUAUUUUUAGCAUUUUUUGUUUUGUGUUUCAAAUUUGCAUCUGCAGUCCUUUGCUUUUCUCUCAGGAACAUAUUCUGUAUUUAUUGACAAAUGUUUUAAAAAGACGCCAUCUCACUUCCUUGAUCAAGGAUGGUCAACAUGCAGUCAGAAAUCCUGUCUUUUUCAUAAAUAGAUGCAGCAUUUUCCCCCUGUAGAAACUCUUAAAAUUUAAGACAAAACAUUGUGAAUCCUCCGUCACUCACGGGACGUUAUGCUGUUUGAAAGUAGAGCAGAAAAGUUAGGAUAUGAUUUUAGUGUUCAGAGAUAAUGAAGUCAGUUAUUUUAUUGUUCACACACACACACACACACACACACACACACACACACACACACACACACACACACACACACACACACGAUAUGCACAUGUAGGGUUUCUUGGUAUGAUCCCUGACUUGUCUUGACAUUCAGUGUGACCAUCACCAGGCAGCCUUCAGAGGAUUUGGAGGUUGUUGUCCAGCAAACCACAGUAAGAUCUGCAGACAGACAAACUUCCAUUAGUACUUCAGAAAUGGCUGGCUAAUAAGUGGUCUGACUGAAUUGCACGACAGUUUGUUGAUAAUUAAACUCACACAGUUAAAUCCUGUGCUGUGGGGUAGAGAACUGGAAGCUGUCUCACUUUUCUGGGUGAAUAACAGCUCAGGCUCCUGCCCCUGGAGUCUCCAGCAAUGCCCAACCCACAGUGGCAAUACUCUUAAACACAAAUAGGUUCUGGGAGGGUGCUGGAUGACUGAAGUUACUUCUAAAUUAGGAUCCUUCCCUAACCCAGGGUGGACAUCUGGUACCCAGGGGCCCAGGACAGGACUGUAAAUGAAGGAACUGGGAGAGAGAUUGGAAACCUUGGAGCUCAGGAUCAGUCUCAGGAACCAAGGAGCACAGGGUAAAGAUCAUAAGCCAAGAAGUUGGGAUGUGGACUGGGAACCCAGGACCUUUUAGGUUUGGUCAUAGUCAUAGAGUAAUACAGCAGUGAAACAGGCCCUUCGGCCCAUCUAUGUGUUCACAUAAAUCAACUGAAAACAAAGUUCCUCAAUGAGGAUUUCCAUAUUCCUGGAUUUAUUCCUAGAACGAAGCCAUCUUUAAUUCUCCAGUAAAUUUGGAGUUCCUCCUUUUGACUUUUUAAACAACCUCAUUCCAGACAGAGGCUGACAUUCUUGGCAGACUGAACCAACUGAUAAUUAUGAAUAUUGAAAAGUAUUAAAGUGAAGACCAAUCUCAAGCUCAAUGCCUGAUGAUAUUUUGCACCUUAAUUGUUCUGAAAACUAUGUUUAUUUGGCAGUUGUACGUCCACAGAUUAAUAAUCUGACCAUUUGGAACUGCAGUGGAUUUAUUUGGUACCUUAGGUGCUAACUAUACACCACCCACAAUUGCUGUAGUCUAGGUUGGUGUAGUUGGAUUGGGAAAAGUGGGAGCCAUCCAGUGACACAGAUGCUCGGCUCCAUGGAGAGAUCAGCAUCGUAACAGAGUCACUGCAAAAAUCAACUCAGAAAUUUGGAAAAUGGCCUUAGCCUAGUGGCUAAUCUGGUGCACCAAACUUCUGAGAAGAAAAGCCCAGGAAUGCCAGCAACUAUGGGAGAGACUGCUGGCAGGCUUUGGAGGAUGUGCCCUGUACCCAGUAUGUUUGCUUCAUAUUAGAGUGUCACAUGUGGAAAAGAAUAUUACACAUGUCUGAGUGAUAUAAUUAUGCACUUAAUUAUGAAAUAAUUUUGGAAAGACGUACCAGUAAUAGCGUAGCUACCAAUAAAAAAAUUUUAAUUAAUGGAAUUGCUUAAAAUAAAUUUUGAAUAUUUUUAACAUGCUCCCUUGGUUUGUAGAUUUACAUGAGAGUCAAAAAUAAAAGGGCUGUUGUUGAACCGUCCACCUUGUCCAAUUCAGGUCUUGGAGCAGCAACCCCUGGGCUGCUGACGUGCCUGAAUGGGGCUGGUUAACAUCAACAUGAGAGCGGCAUUCUUUCAAUAGGAUGCCCAAAAAUGGCCCUACUUGACUCUCAUCAUCAGAACUCAUUUCUUCAGGUUUUGUUCCAAUAACAUUAUCUCAUCCUAUCUCACCUUAAAUUAUUUUAAAAGAAGAUUAUUUAAAGCAUCAAGCUCUUAAUCUUCCUAGUUUUGUCUUGUCAGUUUGACCAAAACAAGGCUAAUUGACA